UACAAAAUGCUAAUAUUCCUGUUGUUUCACAAUUAUUAAUUUAACAAAUAACAUGCCUUUUAAGAUUGACCAAACAUGGCUCCUGGGCAUCCUCACAGUCGGCUUCAUCGGCGGCGCAUUUUUCAUAAUGACGUUUCUCCAGUCGGCGACGGCUCCGAUCCUUUGCAAGACGGCUGGCAUGCUAGCAGCCGCGGCGGCGGGAAACUCCAGCUCGAGUUCGAGCUCGAGCCAGACCCAGCUCCUGGACGCCAUUUUCCACUACGCCACGUCACGGCUCACCCCGCAACAAAGCGUCCAGGAGAUUAGAAUGAGCAUGGAGGUGCUGAAGAGACUGGGGCCCACCAACUUCCUAGUUUUCGGGCUGGGCUACGACUCCCUAAUGUGGACGGCCCUCAACCUGGGCGGCACCACUUUAUUCCUCGAAGACGACCCGAAAUUCUACGACGCCAUUGCGGGCCGCAACCCGAACAUAACCGCCCACCUCGUCAAGUACACCACGAAGAUGUCGGAGGCGGGGGAGCUGGUCCAGCAUUUUAGGAACGAGCCGGAUUGCUCCGCCACGAGGUCCGCCCUGCGUGGCAACCGCCGCUGCCGCCUGGCGCUGCACAUGCUUCCCGACGGGGUUUACGACGUGGAGUGGGACCUCAUCUUGAUCGACGGCCCCAAAGACUCUUACGCAGAGGCGCCCGGCCGGAUGGCGCCCAUUUACUCCGCCGCCGUCAUGGCGCGUAACCGGAAUCGGUCGGGGGUCACGCAUGUGUUCUUGCACGAUGUGCAUCGCAAAGUAGAGAAAGUGUACGCCGAGAUGUUCUUGUGUAGGAAAUAUUUAGUGGGUGCGGUGGGGAACCUUUGGCAUUUCCAAAUCCCACCCACUUCCAAUACUCAUUUUUGCUAAACUUUUGUUUUUCUAUUUAAUAUUUUUGGUACAUAAAAAAAAAAAUUAAGUGACAAAA